UGUCCAUGCCCAGAGGAGGAAAAUGUCCAACGGCAGCUCCAUCACCCAGUUCCUCCUCCUGGCAUUUUCAGACACGGGGGAGCUGCCACUCUUGCACUUCUGUCUCUUUCUAAAAAAAAAUGCCCUCCUGAGCAACGGCCUCAUCAUCACAGCCAUAGCCUGUGACCACCACCUGCACACCCCCAUGUACUUCUUCCUCCUCAACCUCUCCCUCCUCGACCUGGGCUCCAUCUCAGCCACUCUCCCCAAAGCCACGGCCAAUUCCCUGUGGGACACCAGGGCCAUCUCUGAUUUGGGAUGUGCUGCGCAGCUCUUUCUGUUUGUCUUUUUUAUCGCAGCAGAAUUUUAUAUUCUUACUGUCAUGGCCUAUGACUGCUACGUUGUCAUCUGCAAACCCCUGCACUAUGGGACCCUCCUGGGCAGCAGACCUUGUGUCCACAUGGCAGCAGCUGCCUCGGGCAGUGGGUUUCCUUAUGCUCUCCUGCACACUGCCAAUACAUUUUCACUACCCCUCUGCAAGGGCAAUUCUGUGGACCAGUUCUUCUGUGAAAUCCCCCAGAUCCUCAAGCUCUCCUGCUCAGAAUCCUACCAGGUGUGGCAGUUGUGUCCCAGCCUGCCUUCUAAAUUUUUGGUGGUGGGGGGGCAGUUCUUGUAUGCAGAGGUUGCUGUUGUGUACUCGGUGGUGCCUCCAUCAGUGAACCCCCUCAUCUACAGCAUGAGGUAAAAGGAUCUCAAGGAUGCAGUGUGGAAACCGAUGACUGGAUGGGUUUAA